AUGACUUCUUUUCAAUGGGCAACUAAUGCGAACGCUCUUUCACUUACACCAAAAUUCAUCGUCCCAGAUGAAAACAAACCAACUUUCACAAUCAAUCCUCACUCAGAUUCGAUUUCGAUCAUCGACAUGAAUGAAGAUAAUGAAGCACUUGUUCAACGGAUAGCAAAGCUUGUGAAGAAUUUGGGUUUUUUUCAAGUAAUUAAUCAUGGGAUUUCAAUGGAGUUAUGCAACGAUGAAUUGGAUGUUAUCAAAAACUUUUUCCAACUUUCAUAUGAAGAAAAAGCUCACUUGGUCUCACCUAAUCAUAUGGAAGAUGGAAAAAUAUUCAACUUUUUCCAGAACAGCAACACUGGAAUAAAAUUGGCUUGUUGCGGUUGCCGGAAUGAAUCGAGGUAA